CGGGAACCGAGACGCCGCGGAGCUUGUCGGGAAUCGCAUCACCACCCUUUGUCCUUCCACGGGACGAGAAAAUAGUACUUCCCUGAAUUGAAAUACGGGGACCGGUGGGGGCCCGCAGCUCCCCCCGCGCCGUGACGUUGAGUGCAAGGAGAGGAAAAAGGCCGUGGUCGUCCGGUGUCCGUCCGCAGAGGCGCCCGAGCGGGGGGACUUCCGGUGCGGGCGGAGGGAUUCGAGCUAUAUAAGAAGGCUUGGGCGGCGGCCGGAUCCUCUUUCGGCCCCUUGGAUUCCAAGAUGACCAAGAAGCGACGCAACAACGGGCGCGCCAAGAAGGGCCGCGGCCACGUGCAGCCCAUCCGCUGCACCAACUGCGCCCGCUGCGUGCCCAAGGACAAGGCCAUCAAGAAGUUCGUCAUCCGCAACAUCGUCGAGGCCGCCGCCGUGCGGGACAUCUCGGAGGCCAGCGUCUUCGACUCCUACGUGCUGCCCAAGCUGUACGUGAAGCUGCACUACUGCGUCAGCUGCGCCAUCCACAGCAAGGUGGUGAGGAACCGCUCCCGCGAGGCCCGCAAAGACCGCACCCCGCCGCCCCGCUUCCGCCCCGCCGGCGCUGCCCCCAGACCUCCCCCGAAGCCCAUGUAAGGGGCUUAGCACCACGCGGCCUUGCCCUUGUGCAAGCAAAUAAAGUAAAGUUUUCGUGUCA